AUGGCUGUUGCCUUUGGGAAGGGUAAGUUGGUAGCGGUUGGCUGAUUCAUCAAUAGAAUCUGUUCAUUUCUUGGACGUUGCGGGGUUGACAUAACCUGGCCCUUCCGCAUUCUCCUGAGGUAGAUGGAAUGUGCAGGGUGUGACAGAACCAUCUGUCUGCUUGGAUUUUUACUGCAUUCGUCUGUUUGUCUCCCGUUCGUAUGAAUGGCUGGUUUCUAUAGCCCAGCCAUUCGAAUGACUCUUUUUUUCCCGAACAAACCUGCCGAACGAACGGCCACCCAAGAGAGGAGUGUGCUGCUGGUUAACGUAGUGAUCCCAAUUAGAACGUUGUGGUUAACCGCAGACACUUCUCAAUUAAACCGAAUUCAGGGUGGUCGUCGUUCGUAUGUCGACCACGAGGCAGCGGCCAUUUUAAAUCAAGCGAACGCCCAGCGGUGUUUGGCUCUAUUUCUAUGGAACUAAAAACUGACACUUUUUCUGCCGAACACCGCUGAAACAACGGAACGCCUAGCUGCCUCCACGAAAGCAUGCGAACACCGGCCGUUCGGGAGAUUUGGAGCAUACGAAAAGACUUAACCCAGAUAGCCUUCCCAUGGAGUCAUUCGUAUACCGAAAGACUGUAAGAACUUUGACUCCAUGGCGAUUGAACUAUGUGUGUGGGAUCUGAGCGCUAUUCGCUAAUAAUAUGCACUCAGAUCCAGGCUAUCUGGGGAUGGGUGAUACGAAUGGGAAAUGUUCGGUUUUCGUGUAGUUAUAUAUUUUUAUGUCUUUUAUUAUUUUAUGUCUAAGAUGGCGACUGGCUUUGUCCUGGAGUUAAUUGAGUUACUUGGUAAUUAACUCCAGGGCAGAGGGGAGGGAAUCAUAAUGCACUGUGGGUAAAAUCUGUGACUGUGUGUCUGGAAUGUCCCCAUAUCUGUCUGUCAUUUAAGUCUCCCAUUUGGUCCCCUAGGGGAGUGUCCACCAGGUGGGAGACCUGCAUAAAUACGGGCAGGUAGCCCACAGUAAAGCCAGAUCCUGUUUGACCCUCAAUGCGGAGCUUCUGUCUCGUUAUUGGGGGGAUUUCUUCUUCAUGUUUAGAGACUGCUGGAUGGAACGGAAGCCGCUUGGUGAAUAUUGCUGUUCGACGGUUGCCAGCAGUUCGUGUAUUGCCGUUCGGGAGUUUGGAGCCGUUCACGGAUCUCGUUCGGGAGAUUGCCGCUUCCCCUGCAUUUGGUUAGUGUAUUACAGAUUAAGCGAACAGAGACUGUACUACAGCCGGGGAAGGUCUACUAAACGGCGGUUUUGCCUAAAGACACUGGAGGUGUCUUAACACAGGGUAAUAGUUGGGCUCCUAACAUGAUGUACUAGGUUCCCAGGAUAGUUCGGAUUAUACCGUUCCGAUCGGGGCCGUGUCGGGUUCCGGCAUUUGUCCGGUUUUCUUUAGGUGAGUGCUAUUCCAUCCCCUGGAUUAUUCGGCCUCCUCAGCCCUUAUUUGGUUCUCGCAGACGGAUUUUCUCUCCUGCGUCCAUUUCGUUGGGGUGUUUCACUUGGGGCUUGAAUUCCUGGGUAAGGAUGGUGGGGAGUUCAGGGGGCAUUCAUUCCGGUUAGGGGCGCCAUGCUUGAUGUGCAUGCGCCAAUGGUUCAAAGGGCUCAAAAGGUGGGAGUCAGGGUGGUAGGUUCCUUAGGUUCACCCUGUCGGUCUCCGGAAUUGAUUUCUCUCCGCAGUUAUGGUUUUCCCUGGAGUAGGGAUGGUGGGUUGCUCCUAUGUCAUUUUGGGCCAGGAGGCAGGGGGCGAGUGGUGGAUCCGCCUUCUUGAGCGGAGGUUUGGUGGUCUGGCACUGGAUACAUAAUGGGGUGUGGCUCUUCCCCGUCCUGGGUCAGCUAUCCCACCUCCUGGGGGUACCGGGGGUUUUGUCAUCCAUCUGGGUGGCAUGACCUGGGUUCAGUGAUUGUUUGGGAUUUGGGUUGAUCUUUAAUCUGGACAUGUUACGCAUUCUGUUUUCUUCCCAGAGGUUCUCAGGGGCUGGGCUGAGGCUACCGCCCAUUCCUGUUGGCAGUAAUGUGAGUGCCCUGGUGUGCUGCCAUUGAAAAUCGGACGAGAUGGGUUUCUAGGUUUGUCUUGGGGGCUUGGGGGAUUUCAGUCGCCUUAGGGUUUUGAGCGGGAUGUGGCCUAGUUAUCGCGAGGGGAUGGGUGCGCUUGCUGGAGGUCGGACUAGGCCUAUGUUGAUCUAGCGCUGCAAGAAGUGGUGGAACAGGCCAUGGCUGGUUGUGGUGGGGUCCCCCGCUGAUUGUGCAAGAAGUGGUGUAACAGGCCAGCGGUGGAACAGGCCAGCGGGGUUGUGGCGGGGGUAUGUCCUUGCCAAUUGAGUUUGAGGGGUUACGUUUAAGUAUAUGGAAUGAGAUGAACAAGUUUUUAAGGUCUCAACCUCACCUGCUUCAAAGGGUUAACCUUAGGUUACCUGGGGUAUCGUACCCAUCGAGCGUGCAUAAGGUCGGCUGAUGGUAGGCAUUGGAAGGAAAUGAUUUUUAUGACAAGGGGGGAGGUGAGAGGAAGCCGCACAUAGGCGCAUGGUCAGUUUAUUGGCAAGGACGGUUGGGUUUACUGUAUGACACUAUGUGUUAAGUUAUAUGCAUAUAUAUGUAAAUUUAUGGUUAUUUAUGUUUAACGUUUUGGUUACAGAAAUGAAGAGAAAUGUAUUAAAUAAAUUAUGGAUGUGUCAUACAGUAUUUGUCAUAUGUGAUAAUAAAUGCUGUGGCCUGUUUCAUCCAUACUACGUUGUCUGUCAUUAUUUUGGAAGGGGGAUGAUAUGGGUUGGUUUAUAUUAUGCUGCAUCGCGAUUCCCCACUACGUACAUACAUGUCUGUCAGUGAGCCUAUUUGCGCAUGUCAGUGAGCUUGUGUGCUUACUGUACAAUAUAUAUAGUGUGCCUAUUCGGGACUUUCCUCAGGGUAACAAGACAACCAGUGGCGUCUCUAGGAUUCAUUUUUCGGGGGGCACAUUUAACCCCGCCCUCAUCGCAGUUUGACCCUGCCCCUGUCGCAUGUUAAGCCACGCCCCCUACACAAUGUGUUUUGUUUUUUUAAUAAUACCUGGUGGAGGAUUCAUUAUUUUCCACCAGGGAUUAUUAAAAAAACAAACACAUUAUCCUUGAUACAGUGCCAUAGUUGCCAACAUUUGAAAAAAAAUUUCCAAGGACAUUUUGCAGCACAGCUAUCAAUUACUGUCUGGGUAUAAUAUCCCUGGAUAGUCAGUGCUCUCUGUAUAAUACAGGGUUGUGUUUAUAAUAAAUUGGGACACUCAGUGCUCCCUGUAUAGUGCUGCUCUCUGUAUAAUACAGGUCUGUUUGUGUAUAAUAUCCCAAGACAGAGAGCAACACUAUACAGGAAGCACUGACUACCCAGGGAUAUUUUAUACACACAGAUCUGUAUUAUACAGAUAGCUGAGCAUAAACCCCAAUCUCUAGACUACUAGUACCUGUCAACAGCAGCUCCCAGACGCGUGUAACAGGGCUUAAGUGUGCGGCAGCUCACACAGAUUAUUCAGCGGUAAAGUGCACUCGCUGGCAGAGCCAAACUGGGAAUCCCUGGGAAUCCAAAGCAGCCCUGGAAAAAAAACGUAUGUCAUUCCUACAAGUAAAAAAAAAUAAAAAAAUAAAAAUAUAUAUAUAUAUAUAGUACAGUAAGCACACAAGCUCACUGACAUGCGCAAAUAGGCUUACUGACAGACAAAACUCUCUGACUCACACACAAGCUUACUACAGACACUCACUUGUAUAAACAGAAGGCUCACUACAAAGAAGUUCAGGGACACACACACAUGCUCACUAAAGACAAGCUCACUGACACACACAUGCUCACUAAAUAGAAGCUCACUGACACACACAAGCAGUACCAUUUUAACAGAGUUAAGGGCCCCUGGGCAAAGCAAUACACUGGGGCCCUUCCUACACAACAACUCACAGGAAUUUUAAUUAUUGAUAGACUGCGGAGUCCAUACACACACACAGACUGCUGAGUCCAUACACACACACACACACAGAUUGCUGAGUCCAUACACACACACACAGACUGCUGAGUCCAUACACACACACACAGACUCUGCUGAGUCCAUACACACAGACUCUGCUGAGUCCAUACACACAGAUUGCUGAGUCCAUACACACACAGAUUGCUGAGUCCAUACACACACAGAUUGCUGAGUCCAUACACACACACACAGACUGCUGAGUCCACACACACACACACACAGACUCUGCUGAGUCCAUACACACAGACUCUGCUGAGUCCAUACACACACACACAGAUUGCUGAGUCCAUACACACACAGAUUGCUGAGUCCAUACACACACACACAGACUGCUGAGUCCAUACACACAAACACAGACUCUGCUGAGUCCAUACACACAGACUCUGCUGAGUCCAUACACACACACACAGACUCUGCUGAGUCCGUACACACACACACAGACUCUGCUGAGUCCGUACACACACACACAGACUCUGCUGAGUCCGUACACACACACAGACUCUGCUGAGUCUGUACACACACACAUACUCUGCUGAGUCCGUACACACACACAGACUCUGCUGAGUCCGUACACACACAGACUCUGCUGACUCUGCUGAGUCCGUACACACACACACACACACACACAGACUGCUGAGUCCAUACACACACAAACUGCUGAGUCCAUACACACACAAACUGCUGAGUCCAUACACACACACAGACUGCGGAGUCCAUACACACAGACUGCUGAGUCCAUACACACACACACAGACUGCUGAGUCCAUACACACACACAGACUGCUGAAUCCAUACACACAGACUGUUGAGUCCAUACACACACACACACACAGACUGCUGAGUCCAUACACACACACACAGACUGCUGAGUCCAUACAGUGUGUGUGUAUGGGGAUAGUGUAUGUGUGUAGAGUGUAUGUGUAUGGGGGGGCAGAGUGUGUGUGUAUGGGGGGCAGUGUGUGGGGCAGUGUGUGUGUGUAUGGGGGGGCAGUAUGGGGGACAUUGUGUGUGUAUGGGAGGCUGUAUGGGGGGCAGUGUGUGUGUAUGGGGGGCAGUAUGGGGGGCAAUGUGUGUGUAUGGGGGCAGUGUGUGUAUGGGGGGGCAGUAUAUGUGUGUGAGGGGGAGGGGCAAUGUGUGUGUGUAGGGUGUGAGUGUGUGUGAUAAAACUGGGGGGGGGGCUUUUUUAUAAUAUGCUUUUUUAAUUAAUUUAAUUAAAAUAAAUAUUAAUUAUGUCUCCCUCUCCCUUUUUACCUGAACUGGGAGGAGGGGGGACAUUUCUGGAUCCCUGGUGGUCCGGUGGGGAAUCUCUGAUGGCCCAGUGGGGAGAGUGAACUCUAGCCCAUAGCUCCAGGGCUAGAGUUCACUCUUGCGAGAUUUGGAGCAUAUAUACAAAUGCUUAUUUAUUAUAAAAAAAUACAGAAAAAUGCAAGAAUUUAAAUCUUGUGCUUUUUUUACAGUGUUUGCAAUAAUAAUGUGUGCACAAUUAGUGCAGGUUAAAGAAAGUAAUUAAAAAUAAAUUCAUUUAGUUGUUCUGAUUUACAGAAUAUAUAAUGUGUCUGGGAUUUUCAGUUUUUUGUGGUAGUUACAGGUCACAAAGCACAAGGAGUAAAAUAAACUUUUAAUGUAGAACGAUUUUAGAAUUUGGUAUGUUUGUCUUGUAAGCUUAAUAGCCAUAAAAGAAAACAAAAUUGCAACACAAAAGUAUAUAUUUAUAUAAAGUAGACAUCACAGGCUAUUUACCUAAGGUUGUUUUGACACUUUCUACGUAGCCAUUUCACCGCCAAUCUCUGCUAAAUAUUGGAGUAAAAUUGUGGGAGUUUUUUUGGUUUUUGGCACACAAACUUAUAACAAAGAAAUUCUCAAGUAUAUUUUGUAACGUUGGUGUGUGCUAUUCCUGUACAAAGUUUUAUUUUGUGUUCAGUUACAUCUGCUGAGUAAAAUUACACCCCCAUUGUAUGUCUUUGGCACUAUUUCGUGAAUUUACAGUGCCAUAUGGGAGACCUGUCCUUUUCAGUAUUCACAGUAGAAUUUUGAGAGCCUUAGCUUCCAUUUGAGGUAUUAUAACAGUUUGACUGUUCAAAAAAAAAAACCACAAAGGCCUACCAUUUGUAAAAGUAGACACUCCAGGGUAUCUCAUAAGGUGCAUAUUGUGCCUUAACAUGCCCCAAUUUUUAUACCAAUAUAUGCCAAAGUAUGUGGUAAAAAAUUAUUUUGUGCAUUUUUUAAAGAAGACAUCCCAGGGUAUUUCAAAAGGCAUAUUUUGAACCUUCGCGUGGGAUCAUUUUUUCCGCUAGCUUGUACCAAGUGUAGUGGUAAUAAGCGUUUUUUCUGCCUUUUUGACACACAAAGUGAGUUUGCACAGUAUAUUUUGCAAACCUUAUGUGUGCUACCACUAUAUAAUACUUCAUAUGUUGCUCAGUUAUGUCAGCUGAGUUCAGUAAUACCCCCGUAUGUACCUUUGCCAGGUAUAUGUGGACAUCGGAGGGGCACAUUUGGGACACAGCCAUUCCAGUUUUUUUUAAACUUUAAAUCUUUACGCUGUGCCCAUGUCCCAUUUUAGAGUAUUUUACCAGGCUAUGUAAUCUAAAUACCCCAUAAAGCCAUACCAUUUCUUAAAGAAGACAUUUUUCCGCUAGCUUGUACCAAGUGUAGUGGUAAUAAGCGUUUUUUCUGCCUUUUUGACACACAAAGUGAGUUUGCGCAGUAUAUUUUGCAAACCUUAUGUGUGCUACGACUGUAUAAUGCUUCAUAUGUUGCUCAGCUAUGUCGGCUGAGUACAGCAAUACCCCCGCAUGUACCUUUGCCAGGUAUAUGUGGAUGUUGAAGGGGCGCAUUUAAGACGCAGCCAUUCAGUUUUUUUCUAACUUUGAAGUUUUACGCUGUGUCCAUGUUCCAAUUUGGGGUAGUUUAGACGGUUGGUUAUUGAAACUUCCCCACAAACACAUACUAUUUUAAAGAAUACACCCUGGGGUAAUUCAAAAGGCAUAUUUUGAACCUUAGCGUGGGAUCAUUUUUUCUCUAGUUUGUUCCAGGUGUAGUGGUAAUGAGCAUUUUUACAUGUAUUUAUUACUUUUUGAAACUUUUUUUACUUUUAAAAACUAGUUUUUUAACUUUCCUAAACUUUCUUAAAACUUUUUUUACAGAUUUAACAUUUUCCUAAGCUUUUUUUUUUUUACCGUUAACCCCUAACUAGCAGUAAGCAGCACUAACAGUAAAUUCCCAAUUUUCCCAUAACUCUCACCCACCCCAGCUAGCAAAAUAUAUAAUUAUAAAAUAUUUAAAUUAAUUAAUUAAAUAAAUUGAACCCCUGAGGGUUAAAAAAUAAAUAAACGUUAGUCCUCAUGGGUUAAAAAAAAAUUAGAUCACGGUAUAAUAUUGUGAUCUGUAUUUUGAUCACUGUAGGCAGUGAUCGACUGGCAGGGAAGGGGUUAAUUUUUAUUUGUACUGGGUAAAGGGGGGUGUUUUUUAUUUUUUACUUAAACGUUAUAAAAACUUUUUUUUUAGCUUAAUCUUUAACUUUUUAAAGUUUAUUUUAAAACUUUUUUCAACGUUAACCCCUAGUUAACCUAACACAAACCCCCCAAUUCCCCACUAACUUCCCCCCACCCCAGCUAGCUAAAUAUAUAAUUUUAAAAUAUUUAAAUUAAUUAGUUAAAUAAAUUUAACCCCUAAGGGUUAAAAAACCUCUCAUUCACUGUAGUCAGAUCAAUUGGCAGGGGAGGGGUUAAUUGCUGUCAGAGUGAGCACAUGUGCUGGGCAGCCUGAUCUGGUGCUCCCGGUCUGCCUCUAAUACAGAGGCAGACCGGAGCACCACUAACCCCGCGAUCCGGGGUUAAUUUUAACGGGUGAUGGACAAAGUCCGUCACUCGUCGUUAAGGGUUUCCCCUGAGUGAUGGACCUCGUCCGUCACUCAUCAUUAAGGGGUUAAAUAGCCUCUAGCCUUGUUGACAAUACAGCACAUAAAAUGCUUUUAUGUUUUUUUUUAGAUGUUUGGGGAAACAUUUUCAAUUUGCAUUUUAUACUUCCUGCGUUCUGCUCUAACAAAAUGCAAAAAGUAGAAGGUGGAAAUGGGCAGUUAUUCACUAAAGUGAGACUUUAAAGUAAAUUUCAAAUUUAAGGCCAAAGUAGCCGAACCUGAAGCAUUGCUUACUUUAAGAUUUUUUUUCUAGUUUUGCUGUUUUGGCCUUAAAUUUGAAAUUGACAUUGAAUUCUAACUGCAGAAAAUAGCCCUGAGGGAGAUCCUCCAUGCAUACCCUUCCUUCUAAUAGGUGUAUUACAAUAUGUAACCAGAAAGUAUAUAUUGAACAAAAUAAGGAGAUAUGUUUCUAGCGCUAAUAAUGUGUGGGUAAGGGAAGGCAGUUGUAACAACCCAAACCACAGUCUCUCUUGUCCUGGUCAGAAAGUGGGUCUCUACGGAUGGAGGAAGCACCGUCUAGGGGGAUCCUCAGGAGCGUGGCAAAUAUAGAACGAAAAUAAACACAAAAAAGAAGGCUAUAUGGGCUAGUAAAUUGGUGGUAUAUGUGAAAGGAAAAUAAAGUAGAUAUGCACUUACAAUAGGUAGAGCUUGUGUAAAGCUCCUGGAUCUGGGACUAUAGAGACUAUUGGGAGGUAAGCUGUUUAUUGAAUAUAAAUGUUGUUGCUGUUUUGACCAACUUGGCGUUACAUACUCUGUUUUCUUCAAAUCCAGGAAAAAAUAAGCGUUUGAAACAAGCAAAAGAUGAGGCAACAGCAGAUAUCGACCAGUAUAAGAUUAAAAGAGAGACUGACUUCCGUCGCAUCCAGACUUCGGUGAGUGAAUGUGAGAUAUAUGGAAAUGCAAAAUAAAUUUAAAAAAAAACCUCAAUAACCCUCACCCAACACACUCCACAACAUUUCAUAGUUAUGUGUGUGUGUGUGUCAGAUGACAAGUGGCAUGGGAUGAUGUGCCUGCAUACUGCACAUGUACAAGAAGUUGACAAGCAGCCAACCAGGACUGACGGUGCCCAGAGAUGCCCAGGAAUAGGCUUGGUCAGUUCUAAGUGAGCUUAACAGAUCAUUGCUACCACUGAGAAUUUUGCACAACACAAUAGACAACUGGAAUUUAGCUAUGGCUUGCAUUUUUAUUUUACAAUAGUUUUCAUAUUUAAUCACAAGGAAUGAUUGGCUAUUUGGGCAAAGCCAGGGUAUGGCAAGUUAAUUACAUUAACCCCAUUCCGGCGGUACCCUGCACAUUAUGGAAUAAACAACCAAGCUUGCAUUCAUUCUGCAUUGCUGGGCCUCUGAAUCUACCUGUGCAGCUUUGAUCACCCCAAUAAAGUGACGGGUUUAAUAACUCACAUGCAGUGAGCUUUAUGGGAGCUCUUCCUUGAUAUGCUUAGCAGCUUAACACAGGAGAAAAAAAAACAUGUAAGUGUAUACAGGUGUUCCAGAUGGUAACUGUUCUAUCUGAACCAGAGGUAUUGGGAGAUAUGUAUGCACCCCUGCAAUGGAAAAAAAUCAUUUGCAAUACAUGCCAAAAUUUACAGUUAAAAUGUAAAACCCUCAGGGUUACCCACUAAACGCCGGAUUUGGUCUGGAUAGACCAGUGAAAAUGGAUGAAUUCUGCCCCGAAUGGCAAUUCUCAUAUUUCCAGAAGCUAAUUUAGGUUGGAAUUUAGUCAGCAAUCGGUUGGAUGUAUUUGGUUUCUAGUUUAAAAUAUGUGCUUUUCACAUCUGAACGCUAUACAAAAUAUAUUACAAAGAUUAUGUACAAAGCAUUGAUUUUAAACUACAUAGAGAUUGAUUCCAUCCGGCAGGAUUUACAUUCACAAAGUGUCAUUUACAAAGAAGUAUUCCUAACACUAAUGUGUCCCUCUGCUCCUGUACCCCCUCCCCUCUCCACCCUCCCCCGGGGUCAAGCUCUGCCUCCACCGAUGUCAGCUGGUUGGGGGGCCUAAUGUGCACAUCAGGCCUCCCCAUAGAAAGGCAUUUGAUCAAUGCUUUACUAUUGGGUUUUACUUGAUGCUGGAAGUCCUGGAAGUCUGCAUACAAACUGUGAGGACGUCCAGCUACAUUUUACAGAGUCAAACUCCAUAAAACAACAGGAAGCGCAUCUAGUGGCUGUCUGGUAGACAGCCACAAGAGGCAGUAUUAACCCUGCUAUGUAAACAUUGCAAUGUUUCUAAACAUAUCUUACUAUAAUGUAAAUUAUUUUUUUUAAUCCUGCGCAUCCAAAAAAUAUUACUUAGUCAACAUUGUUGAUCAAACAAAAGAAAUCUCCUUUGCUGUAGAGAUGCCUGGCAUUUGGCACGCCAGCUGUUUCUCAUUAUGUUCAACUAUCCAAUUUGUGGCUGUGCAUUAUGGGACAUGUAGUCCCCCGCUGUUGGAUUUGCAAAGGUAAGCCAUCACUCCUCCACUCUGCUCACGCUUUAAUGAAAAACCAGCCUAUAUUUUAAGAUAUGCAUGUGGGAUUUGGUGUAAAUGCCCCUAAUGGCUGUCAAUGAAGUGAAGCAGGAGUAUAUUAAUCAAAAACCUAGAAAUGGGUGUAUUACCUAAAGGCGUUAAAAGGAAUAAGAAAAAUAUUUGUAAUGAAAAAGUAACAUUCUAAGUACUUGAGUAGGUUACGUUGCAAAAAGUGUUCCUGUCCCUUUUAAUUAUAACUGCAGCAUGUUGCAAAAAUCAUCACAGCUACAAGAUCACACUUUCCACCAAGUAACAUCAUAACAGGAAGCUAUACACAAGAUACAGGCCUGCAGUACCAUUGACAAAUUCUAUCACUGCUUUAUAUGAAAGCAACUGUGCUACUUCCACAACAUGUUUCAAUCCUGGGAAAUUGUAGCAAAUGCCUAAAUUUCAGUGUGUUUGUUUAACCCCUUAAGGACACAUGACAUGAGUUAUAUGUCAUGAUUCCCUUUUAUUCCAGAUGUUUGGUCCUUAAGGGGUUAAUUAAAAAAAAAUUUAUUUAUUUUUUACAAAUAAGUCAUUUUUUGGGGGGUGGUGUUAUUUAAUUGUCAGUUUACUAAAGUUGGGUAUUUAGUGAAUUAUUCCUUCAGUGUUCCUGUAAUUAUGUAUAAGGGUGACUGCUGACAGUAUAAAUAAUAUAUAAUGUACUGUUCCCUUUUAACAGAUAAUGGGGUCUCAGGGUAACUUGGCAGUGAAGAUAGAGGAACAGACCACAGAAAAGAUUCACGCCUACAACGCAAACUACCAGAAAUACCGGGAGCGGGUGGUAAAAGAAAUGUUGGACCUGGUGUGUGACAUUAAGCCAGAAAUCCAUGUCAAUUACCAAGUAAAGGGGUAA